AUGGCUUCCAACCAACCAUCUCUUCGUGAAUACGCCAGAUUCUACGGAAUUGCAGAGAAUCCAGAUCGUUAUGAUCCAAUCAUGUAUGCAGACGACACGUGUGAGCCAACUGUUCCCACUCCCCCUUUCGAGGGUCUCAAUCCGGAAAACCCGGAAGAACGUCUCAGAGAAGUCGACCGACGCUUCUGCACCGAACUCAUGAUGGAGAAGCUCGAAACUGAGCCUGAGGAUCUCGAGUUCCUGGGUAGUUCUCUCCAGGUCCCAACCCCUAAAGGAAAUAUCUGGCGUGGUAUCCUUCCGGAAGUGACACCAUCUGAGCUCCAAGGCGAGCCUCCUCUCCUCACUAAUCAGGCUGAGAGACUUUUUACUCCGUUCGAGUUACCUACCGAUUUCGCGAUGAGUCCCACUCUAUCCUCACCUGUUCCUUCGGUGCGUCUGGAGGUCCCUAGUGGCCCCGAUGUUCCUUCUGUCCCUAUCAACACGCGCGAUGUCUUUGAUCUCUACAAUUCGAACAGCAUUGAAGAUUUCCUCAUCCCUAACAAUAUGGCUGCCGAGUCAUCCAAUAUGGGUCCGAUAUCCCAUCUUGCAGGAGAUGCCUUGCCACUCGUGGAUGCUGAGGGGAUCGUGCAUCAGUUUGUCACCACUGAGUCUGACCAUAUUCCCCCUACUCCAGACCAGGAGGGUGACGAUGAGGCUGCAAGUGCAUACCUCACUGAGAGUGAAUUCAGUGCAUUUGAUCUUGGUAACAGCGCGUCCCCACUAUUGUCCGACGUCAGUCCAUCCAAAUCGCAACGCUCGUUCUCUAUUGUUUCUCCAGAUCUAACCAAAGCAAAAGGGUUCUCCGUCCGCUGGGGCGGCGGCCAGAAUGCGCAAUUACGAGGAUAUUUGAAAAAGAGGAAAGAAAGGAAGGCUUUCAUGGAGCCUGUGGCAGAUACAGGCACGUCUUGUGAACAGAAGGGAAUUGUGACCGCUUCUCUGAGUACAAUUAAUGAAGAUACGCUUACUGUGUCAAAUGGCGCCUGUUCGAGCUCCUCGAUAACUCGGCCAGCAAACGGUCAGGAUGUCAUUCAGCUAGCACGAGCUUCGCAAAAUGCAAAGGAUAACCAUGUUCUCUUCAAAACUUCGUACGAGAAAAACCUCGAUAUUAUGGCGAACCAUACCUUAUCAUCCGCAGACAAGAGACACUCUUGCACCACUCAAGAGGAGCAGUUUCGCAUAAAACUGGGCUACAAGUCACCUUGCACGCGAUUGAGGAAGGUCCCUUUCAGGCCUCCACAUGACGUUUCUUCCAUAGAUCACAAAAAGUCCACGGACUCAUCCAAGGCAGUGUUUAGUGGCCUCGGGUCUUUGUCCGUGUUUAUGCAAACCAGAGGCAGUGAUGGAGGAUACGUUCCGUCGCCGCACGAUCAAUCCCUUUCCCUGUCAGAAUCCACAGGAAGUGGACGAGACGAGUUCUCAGAUGUCCCUUCGCCGGGUGACAAUCCCCCAGACUAUGAUAAGGAUUCAUCGGAUUCUUUCGGCUUACCCGGCCCUGCCAUCUCACUGCAGGAAAUGGUGACCCGAGCGGCAUUCGACCCGCCACCGAUGUUCUUCUUGUCUACAGCCCUCCUGAGAACUCACCUGUCGGUUAUACGAGAUAUGGAGGGGUGGCCAGGCAAUCCACCCAAGUUGAUCUACAGGGAGUAUGGGAACGCUUCCUCGGAUCCCCGAUACCACUGUGAUGCUGAAGUCAUUUUGGCACCUGAUACCGGGCUUAUUUUGACGACCCCUCAUGAGUUGACCCAGCGGUUUCUUCCAGGGCAUGGGCCAAGGGAUAAAAAGUUCAAUGGAACACGGGGAAUUAACUCCCCGCUCAGGGAAAGGAUUUUCCGCCUCAUGCAUCGCUAUGCGCUUCUGGUUGUUCUCAUCUGCGAUCCUGGAAGCGAAAAUAACAGCAGAGCUGCGAUGUUCUCCUGGAUAAGGGAAAUCAGGUCGCUUGCUCAAUUUUGUGACAGCUACCAGGAAUUGUCCACAACAUUACUAGUACCGAUCCCAGAUCACUCCGCAUCCAUUGUAUUGUGGUGUUUCGGUAUGGGAAGGCUUCGAUAUGAAUUGUUUCCCACUGAUGUGAUGAAAAACAUCACUGAAGGAGAGUCGGAAUAUGAAGUCACUUUCCGCGACCUGGGGAUCAAUCCGUUCGCCGCGCGUCUCAUUCUAGAUAACAUCCGCGUUGGUGGUUUCAACCAAUUUCCUGGUUUCAACCUAUAUCCGCUCCCGCUGCCCUCCCAUGAGACAGUUGCCAACUCGAGCACAGAUUCAAGGGCUUUUGAUGUAUUUAUAAGUAUGACACCGUUGGAGCGAGAUAUGGAAUACGGGUCUUUUGUAGGCGACGGGGUGAUGAACCGGGUGUCGAAGAAUAUCGAAUCAAUGGCGUACUUGAACCCGAAUGAGCACGAGACUGACAGUGAGGAUAUUUAUAGUACGCAGAUUAGUCUCCAUUAG